AACGAAAGAGAGCACGAAGAAGCAGAGGCAGAGGCAGCGGCAGCGGCAGCGACUCGUCUUCCAGUUCUAGAAACUGCUAAUGCCCGAUCAUUGUCCACUAUCUCUUGGUCUGUUUCGUUGCUUUUUUAUACUUCUUUGAGUUCCACAAUGACAACCCCGGCUCCUAACGUGGGCUCAACAAGUUCAUGGGGGCCGCCUGCGGCUUUUACCAUGCCUCCGGGAACACCCGGGGCUCCGGGAACACCUGGCCCCCCAGGAAUAUUGCAAUCUACACAUAUCUCCUCUAAUAUUACCGUGGGACCUGUGGCCGUGGAUACUUCUUUAACAGUUCAGAGACCUAUUAUGCCUUCGCCAAUGGGUGCUAUGGCAUCAAAUUCAGCUGUUCAGCAGCAAAUUGGUGUUCCAUAUCAGUCUUUGCCUUCCAUGGCUGCUCCCCCUCAGGGACCCUGGUUGCAGCCCUCUCCUCAGAUGGGAGGCGUUCCUAGGCUGCCGAAUUUGCUAUAUCAUGCCGCCUUUCCUGGCCCUUUCCCGUCAAUGGCACGCGGUAUUCCCCCUUCUGUUCCAGGACCUGAUUCGCAGCCUCCUGGCAUUGCUCCUGUUGGAAAUACUCGUCUGACUCCAACACCUUUUGCCGCUUCUGUACAGCCAGUAGUGGCAGGAUCCUCAGGGACAAGGAUGGAAUUACAUACUUCAGACGAACAAACCCAUGUCCGUGAUGUUAGGUCCCAAGUUAGUGCUGAUGUUAAUGAGCAAUCAGAUGCAUGGACAGCGCACAAGACUGAGGCUGGAGUUGUCUACUACUAUAAUACUUUGACUGGAGAAUCAACUUAUGAUAAGCCACCUGGUUUUAAGGGCGAGCCUGAAAAAGUAUCUGUGCAGCCUGUCCCUGUAUCAAUGGUGAACUUGCCUGGAACUGAUUGGGUAUUGGUCAGCACAAGUGAUGGAAAAAAAUACUAUUACAACAACAAGACCAAGGUUAGCAGCUGGCAGAUCCCAAACGAGGUGACAGAAUUAAGGAAGAAGCAAGAAAGUGACAUUCCAAAAGAAAAUUCCACGUCAGUGCCAAAUAAUAAUGUAUUGGCUGAAAAAGGAUCUACUCCAAUAAAUUUGAAUGCUCCUGCCAUUAACACAGGUGGUCGUGAUGCAAUGGCUCUUAGAUCCACAAGUGCACAAGGUUCAUCAUCUGCACUUGACUUGAUUAAGAAGAAGUUGCAAGAGUUUGGAACCCCUGUUACCUCUUCAUCAGGUCAGGUACAGCCUGGAAUUGCAGCAUCAGAAUCAAAUGGCUCUAGGGCAGUUGAGCCUACAGCGAAGGGCCAGCAGAGUGAAAGUAGCAAAGAUAAGCCUAAAGAUGCUAAUGGUGAUCGCAAUAUGACCGAUUCCUCUUCAGAUUCAGAGGAUGCAGACAGUGGGCCUACAAAGGAGGAGUGCAUUAUUCAAUUUAAGGAAAUGCUUAAGGAACGAGGAGUGGCACCAUUCUCAAAAUGGGAAAAGGAGCUGCCAAAGAUUGUUUUUGAUCCACGAUUUAAGGCUAUUCCAAGUUACUCCCUUAGGAGGUCCUUGUUUGAGCACUAUGUUAAGACCCGUGUGGAGGAGGAACGAAAAGAAAAAAGAGCUGCUCUGAAGGCUGCAAUAGAGGGAUUUAAGAAGUUACUGGAUGAAGCCUCAGAGGACAUUGAUCAUAAAACAUAUUAUCAAACUUUUAGAAAGAAAUGGGGUGAUGAUCCACGAUUUUUAGCCUUGGACCGCAAGGAUCGAGAGCAUUUAUUGAAUGAAAGAGUCCUGCCUUUAAAGAGGGCCACUGAAGAAAAAGCUCAAGCAAUUCGUGCUGCUGCUGCAAGCAAUUUUAAAUCCAUGCUUCGAGAAAAAGGAGAUGUAACUGUUAAUUCACGUUGGUCAAGGGUGAAAGAAAGUCUGAGGGACGACCCAAGAUACAAAUCUGUCAAGCAUGAAGACAGGGAAGUUCUAUUUAAUGAGUAUCUAUCUGAUUUAAGAGCUGCAGAAGAGGAAGUAGAAAGGGAGGCAAAAGCCAAAAGAGACGAGCAGGAUAAAUUAAAGGAAAGAGAGCGGGAGUUGAGGAAGAGGAAAGAAAGAGAAGAACAGGAAAUGGAGAGAGUGCGAAUAAAAGUUCGAAGAAAGGAAGCAGUUGUGUCUUUUCAAGCUCUACUUGUGGAAACAAUUAAAGACCCCCAGGCAUCUUGGACCGAAUCCAAGUCUAAAUUGGAGAAGGAUCCACAAGGUCGUGCAUCCAAUCCUGAUCUUGAUUCAUCUGAAAUGGAAAAGCUCUUCCGCGAACACAUAAAGACGUUGCAAGAGCGUUGUGCACGUGAGUACAAAGCUCUGUUGGCAGAAUUAUUGACAGCAGAUGCUGCUGAACGCGAGACGGAUGAUGGAAAAACAGUUCUUAAUUCAUGGUCAACUGCUAAACGUCUUCUAAAGCCCGAUCCCAGAUAUAACAAGAUGCCAAGAAAAGAUAGGGAAACGUUGUGGCGUCGAUAUGCCGAAGACAUGCUACGGAAGCAGCAGAAGUCGGAACCUAAUUCUAAGGAAGACAAGAAAAUAGAUCCUAGAAAUAGAACCUCUGUCGAUUCUGGGAGGUUGCCCUCGGGAUUGAGAGGAACGCAUGAACGAAGAUAGAUGAUUGGAAACUACUUGGCCUCUGUCCUUUUGUAUUAUUUUCAUCCUCUUACUCAGUCGUAGAGUCUUGAUAAUUUUGACUUGUAAAGGGAAACAAAAAUAAGAGUGACUUAUGUAUGAUAUUGUACUGAUUUUAUCAUUGUUGGUUAGAUGACUAAUGCGUAGUAUUUUCUAUUUAUUAUACAUUUUUAUCAGA